AUGAGUGCAAAUGCGUCCUCCGUCAUCCAGGUUGCCGAUGGAACAAGGACCACUCGCAGCCACGACAUCGACACCAAAACGCCUUCAUUCGAGGACACCACCAAAUCAGUUGGCUUCUGGGAAGCACUCACCCGCCGCAACACCCCCAGAGACCUUGACUCCAUUGCGACAGAGCGUAGUGUUUUCGAUGAUCCCAACUUAACGCCUUUUUAUCAACCUCCAGCUGAGUACGAAAGCGUUCAUCGCUUCGAUCCUCAGGAACGAUGGACCUACCGCGAAGAGCAGCGUGUGCGCCGCAAGACCGACAUUAGGAUCUUCGCCUGGAUCCUUGUCAUGUUCUUCGGUUUGAACAUUGACAGAGGCAACCUGGGCAACGCCGCGGCUGACAACCUUCUCAACGACCUCAACAUCAACACAAAUGAUUACAACAAUGCUCAGAACAUGUAUCGCAUCGGCUUUCUCAUAGCUGAAAUCCCAUCACAGAUGAUUGGCAAGCGUCUUGGUCCUGAUCGAUGGAUCCCUGUCCAGAUUAUCCUGUGGAGUUUCGCUUCGGGCGGACAGUUCUUGAUGCACAACAGGGCCGGCAUUUUUGCCUGUCGGUUUCUUAUCGGGCUCUUUAUGGGUGGCUUCAUUCCGGACAGCAUUCUGUAUUUGUCUUAUUUCUAUAAGAAGACCGAGAUGCCAAUCCGUCUCGCCCUGUUUUGGUUUGUCGAUUCUAUUUCAGGCGUUAUCGCAUCGUUUAUGGCGUAUGGCAUUCUGCAUAUGCGCGGAGUGGCCGGCAAGGAAGGCUGGAGAUGGCUCUUCCUGAUCGAGGCCUUGGUCAGUUUCGUGAUCGGCGCUCUCAGCUUCCUGUUUCUCGUCCCAGGUCCAACGCAGACGAGGACAUGGUGGAACCCCAAAGGCUACUUCACGGAGCGCGAGGAGAAGAUCAUUGUUAAUCGCGUUCUUCGGGACGAUCCAUCGAAGAGCGAUAUGCACAACCGAGAAUCUCUGACCCUCGGCAUGCUCUGGAAAAGUCUCAAAGACUACACAUACAUCAUAUUAUCUCUAAAGGCCUUAGGUUUCAGUACCUUCAACGUCACGCUUCUCGCCAUCCCUGUCACAGUAUUUGCAGCAGUCAACAUGCUGUGGGUCACAUUUCUCACCGAGAGGUUCCAUCAAAUCGCCAUUAUCGGCCUUCUGUCACAGGUCUGGGUGCUGCCUCUUCUCUUUGUCGAGUAUACCUCCAUCGAAAGCCUGUCCCCAUGGGCGCAGUAUGCUGUCACAUUCAUGAUCCUCGGUCAGCCAUCAACGCAUGCUGCUCACGUCGGCUGGUGCUCUCGACUUUCAAACUCUGUGCGAACUAGAGCAAUCAGCGCCGCGUUGUACAACAUAACGAUCCAAUUGUCUGGCAUCGCGUCUUCCAACAUCUAUCGCGAAGAUGACAAGCCUCACUAUCACCGUGGAAAUAAGAACCUGAUCGCCAUCACCGUCGCUACAAUCUUUGCUUACGCAUUUGCCAAGGUGUAUUAUACGCUUCGGAACAAGUCUAAGCGGGAUCAAUGGAACGCCAUGUCUGAUCGUGAACAAGCGCCCUACUUGAACAGGACUACUGAUGAAGGCAAUAAGCGACUAGAUUUUGCUUUUGAUAAUUGA